CUCAACUCGAAUGUGAAUGCACAAAAUGCCCGUCUUGAUAAGCAAGAGAAGUGUAUAAAUGACAUUAUGAACUCUGAGUGGCCCGAUGAGGGUCAACAUGACAUUGAUGUUCCGUAUGAACAAGAUGAGUUUGAGGGACAAUUUCAGUCUGAAUCCUUCGGGGAAAGUUUCAGUGAAACGACAGAGAAUCAGUCGAAAUCUAUUUUCAAGAAACUGUUUGACAAGUUUCAGCAAAGUGAAGUAGUAGAUGCGGAGGUACAUUCAGAUUUAGCAAAUCUGGUAAACAGUUCAUUCAGAAAUGGUUUGUCGGAGGAAAAUCUAGAAGAAAUUCUCAAACAAAUACACAGACCGCAAAAUUGUGACUCUCUUGUAAAGACGCGGGUAAACCAAGGUAUCUGGCGCUUGCUUAAAAGUUUCACACAGGCAGAAGAUAGUAGGUUAAGUUCACUUCAAGGUGUACUUUUGAAGGCAUCGGUGAAUGUUGUAAAGCUUGUGGAAAAGCUGGGAACAGCUGAAAGUGAAACAGACUCUGAGCAUGUUGAACUAGGCACCACAGCCAUUGCUCUCCUUGGCCACGCUAACAAAAUGAUAAAUUCAAAGAGAAAAGAACUUCACAAAGCAGACUUGGACUAUAAGUACCACUAUUUGACUUCGGCAUCUUUGCCCUACACUGAUUUACUGUACGGCAAUGACAAUGACGUGAAUAAUAACGUCAGAGAAAUCAAUAACAUGAACCGAAUUGGUAAAGCCACAGGCCGUGGUGGAGGUCCGAUGAGAGGACGGGGCCGAAGAGGGUUUAACCCAUACAAUUUGAGAGGCCGAGGCUUCCGUGGUCGUGGUCGUGGUGGUUUUCAAGCCCGCACAGAAUCCCAAUCCAUGACAAAAAACGGCAAAUUUCCACAGAAGAAGUAGAUCAGGUGUGUGGCACAAGUAAUUCAGAAAGUGAGGCAGGACAGAGCAGAGGCCUUGCUGGUGGCACCUUUUUGGAUAACACAGAAUUCUUUCACCAGUAUUCUGGAAAUGUUGACUCACGAUCCAUUCAUUCUGAAAGUGGACCAGGACACAUUGAAAUUACCACAAACAUUGAAAGUGCAUCCUUUAGUCAACAAACUACAUCUAAUGCUAUGUCGUAUAUCCGGAGAUCCUAUGAAAAGCGAAACUUAUCUGAAAAGUAUAUUAAUAUCAUCAUGGCCUCAUGGAGAAAGACUACACAGAAGCAAUAUUCCACGUACAUUAACCGAUGGAUUCACUUCUGUCGUGAAAGGGAAAUUGAUCCACUUCAAACCCCUAUAGAGUACUGCAUAGAAUUUCUAACUGAACUAUAUGAUUCAGGAUUGA